AUGAAGGUCAUUUACCUCACAUGUUGGCUCUCGAGCCCGCUACUGCUUGUUAGCAGCCAGGCUACUGCCCAACCUGGAAGGAAUUUAGAAGUUAGCGAGAUCCAGAAGAUCACGGACGCUUCUCAAGGUGGCUUCCGCCCUUUUAUUGAGUUUUCAGUUGCAGGCCAGGUUAUGAGAGGCUUGCUUGAUACAGGAAGUAGUGACUUGAAUAUUCCGAAAACGGGAAGCGAGUUCUGUCGUGGCGAAGGAGAGCAGUGUGACGGGCGUGCCACCGGCUUCAAGGCUGGAUCGCUUGACGUCAAUAAGAACAAAACCGAAAUUCGAGACCUAAAUAUUCCCCUAAACGCAACUUUUACCGGAGGAGCCGCAUUCGUUGGUACGUUUAUCGAAAGUUCUCUUCAGGUUACUCCCGGCGGAAAAGAGGUUCCCGUGCGGAUGGGCCUCGUGGAAUCAGGAGGCGUGCCUCCCGGUCAAGUCAGCUUUCCAGUCAUGGGCAUUGGCCCAAUUCAAGGAGAAUCUGCGAAAGAUCCAUAUCCAAAUGUCCCAGCUCGGUUUAAACAAGAUGACCUAAGCAAAUCAAACGCAUAUGGCCUUUAUCUUGGAGACUUCCGUAAGUAUAUAUAUAUAUAUAUUUUUAAUCCCAUUUCCCUAUUUUCUUAG